CAACGCAAACGCAAAGGCAAAGGUGAGAGUCAUGGGCCCAGUUCUUUGUAUGUCCUGGAACAUAGCCCAUAUUCUGUGUUUACAUGGGUGAAGUAGCUAAAUUAGGUCAUCUUUUUUUCUCCGCUGUCUUUCAAAUUGAACGUUUUUUUUUCUCAAAAUGACGCGUCGUUUCAACAAAAGGUUAUUUUGGAUAAAUAGUAGUUAGUUAGCAAUACAACUAGUUAGCAACUGCUUAGUUAUAGUAGCUAGUAGUAAGCUCGUAGAUUUAGCACAAGCGGGAAUGGCUAGUUAGUUAGCUUCGUCGAUAUGCAUAAAAGAAGCUAGGCAAUUUUGCUAGUUGUAGUUGAGUUUUUUAUUUUAUUUUUUAUUCUAGUCAACUAGUGAGCAAACAUUCAAAACGGAUACUAACAAAUUGAUUGCCUUGCUCAAGUAUGGGGAUGUGCUUCUCGUGCCUUGGUGGAGCUGGAGACGACGUGGUACCGACACCAGACCCAGAGACGAGGAGACGUCAGCUAGCAGAGGCAGCUGAGAAGAGACAGAAAGAGACAACCUACAGGGGUGUCAAAAACCCAGAAGCAGUUGAGAGAAAGAAAAAGAAACAGGAGGAGAUGAACAAACAAGAGAUGACCACGUCUCCGUCUGGAGGGGGAGGAGGGCUGAAGUGGCAGGUGGGCUAAAGAUCGACAGACAUGGAGAGAUUUAUGAAAGUCUCAAUCGACACUGAGGUUCAGUCAACAACAUGAAGAGUAUUGGUACCAGUUGACUUGAAAAUGCCUUUUUGGCUGUUCUGUCCUUCUAAAAAAUGUUUUAUUUGAAAUACAAGCUUUUUCAGAGGCAGUAGGAUAGUUUGCCAUGCUUCGCCUUGGUAUAAAGAAAGGUUCUGCUGCUCGAUGUUGGCCGUGUGCACCGCAGUACAUGCCUCCCCUAAUGCCAAGAUGUACAAGAGAUAUGGAUCUUUGGAACGGACAGGGUGACUAUGACACAGCUAUGAGUAGCAUACAGUAUACACGCUCACAGUACAUCUAUAAACUGUACCAGGCGCCUUGCCACUCUUCUUUCUCGCUCUAUCUCUCCAUCUACUAGUCCUCUUGCCCUCUCUCCAUCUACUAGUCCUCUUGCCCUCUCUCUCACCCCUCCUCUCUCUCACCCCUUCUCUUGCCCUCUCUCUCCCCCUUCUCUUGCUCUCUCUCACCCCUUCUCUUGCCCUCUCUCACCCCUUGCUCUCUCUAACCCCUUCUCUUGCUCUCUCUCUCACCCCUUCUCUUGCUCUCUCUCUCUCACCCCUUCUCUUGCUCUCUCUCACCCCUUGCUCUCUCUAACCCCUUCUCUUGCUCUCUCUCACCCCUUCUCUUGCUCUCUCUCACCCCUUCUCUUGCUCUCUCUCACCCCUUCUCUUGCUCUCUCUCACCCCUUCUCUUGCCCUCUCUCUCUCCCCUUGCUCUCUCUCACCCCUUCUCUUGCUCUCUCUCUCACCCCUUCUCUUGCUCUCUCACCCCUUCUCUUGCUCUCUCUAACCCCUUCUCUUGCUCUCUCUCUCACCCCUUCUCGCUCUCUCUCUCACCCCUUCUCGCUCUCUCUCUCACCCCUUCUCUCGCUCUCUCUCACCCCUUCUCUCGCUCUCUCUCACCCCUUCUCUUGCUCUCUCUCUCUCACCCCUUCUCUUGCUCUCUCUCUCACCCCUUCUCUUGCUCUCUCUCUCACCCCUUCUCUUGCUCUCUCUCUCUCACCCCUUCUCUUGCUCUCUCUCUCACCCCUUCUCUUGCUCUCUCUCUCACCCCUUCUCUUGCUCUCUCUCUCACCCCUUCUCUUGCUCUCUCUCUCACCCCUUCUCUUGCUCUCUCUCACCCCUUCUCUUGCUCUCUCUCUCACCCCUUCUCUUGCUCUCUCUCUCUCACCCCUUCUCUUGCUCUCUCUACAUUUCUCUCUCUUUCUCUGCCAUUUCAACUGCAGAUUUUAUACCAUUUUGCUUACUGCUUUUGUAAUUUUUUUCUGACAUUUAAAACAUUUUAAAGAAUGUUCUCAUUCUUGUGACAGUUUUAUAUGAUAUAUUUCUCCUAAAAAAAUGAUAUAUAUAUGCUACAAAGUCCUUAAUGUUCAACAUAGGCCUAUAUGAUUCAUAAAACAUUUUCUAUUGUAUAUCAGUGUGGAAAAUUAGCUACAUUUUUAUAUAACUACUUAUGAACCACAUUUGAAUGCUGUUUUAGAGUUCAUGCACCAACACUAUUCAAUUGACAUUUCACUUUAAGGUUUGGUUUUCCUAUUGUCUGUGCAAUAGGAGUUAUUUGCUCCACUUUAGUAUUGGUUUGUAAUGUACGAAGGAUAUUUAUCUUGAUCUCUGCUUUAUUUAAGUAUAAUGAAAUUGUUGACAGAUUGACGUGUUGUAUGGGGUAGUUGGCUGUAUCUCGUAGAUUUAGAGUUUUUUCCCAUUUCAACCUGUGCAUGAACAGUAAUAUUGUUUAUGCGUUCUGUCGGUACGAUGGUAACAUAUAGGACUGGAGUCGAUUUUUUUUGCCUACUGGCCUUACCUGUCGACCACAAUGAGAACCACAAUGAGAUGGAAGGAAAGAAGCAUGCCUGAACUAGCAGGUCGCUAGUGUGUAUUUGAUGAAGUAUAGACUUUUUACCUGCCUUGCUUUGUACUCGAGUGCUUCUCCUCCCUAUUCCCUUACUGCUUCAAGUGCUCUUGCCAUUUUGAGGGGCAUGAAGUCACGCCAAUGUAAAUUUUGUAGAAAUAAAAGACUCUUGUUGACGCUU